UCUGUACUCGUCUUCAUUCGUCAAGGUAAUUUUGUUUCUCGAAGAUCAAAAGAUUUAGUAUUUACUUGUUAAAUAUAUAAUCAAAUAGUUUAGUUAAGAUUAUUUUCCGCUCUCGGUAGAUGUUUGUCUUAGAAGUUAAUUUUAAAUGAUUUAUAUUGGAAAAUGGUACGUGAAUAGUAAAUUGAUAAAUCGUUUCUGCUGAAUAUGAAAAGUGUUUUUAAUGUUAAGGGUAUCAAAGAGAAUUCUAUCCGAAUGUUCAUCGAGGUAUACACUUGUACAGUUACGUCGUGUUGAACAAAAUCAAUUUAUAAAGUCGAUGUCCUGCCGCCUUGUUAGCCAGUCUCGGAUGUACAGCGGCCCGCCGCGCCAUUCAAAACCUCGCCACCGAUGCGACACUACCGUUCUCAAAAUUUCGAAAAAAUCGAUUUUGGUCCCCGCCAUUGCCAUUCAAUACACGCGUAGUGCCUAGGCCGUCCGUCGAGACGCGCCACUGACACAUUUCUGCGGUUUCGCGCGCCGUUUGAAUUUAGAAUAGAUUUUCAUUUGUUUUUUUUUUACGAUUCUGUGUUUUUGACAAUACUUGUGUCAGUACCACGUGCAACACGAUCGGGAUUAUUGUGAUUUUGAAGGCUGAGUGAUUUGUUUCCUUGGAGUUUUUUGACGAGAUGGAGUUAAGAAGGCAUAGAUCGGGUGGGACGUCAUUUCUCACAUUCUGGAUAUUCCUACUGCAGAUGUUAGGCAGUGCACGUCGAGGAGCCGAGGGACACGGAAGAUUGAUGGACCCACCAGCUCGCAACUCCAUGUGGAGGUUCGGUUUCCCCAACCCCGUCAACUAUAACGACAACGAGCUCUUCUGCGGAGGUUAUGCAGUUCAGUGGGAACAGAACAAUGGCAGAUGUGGGGUAUGUGGUGACGCGCACCACAUCCCAGAGCCGCGACCUCAUGAAGCUGGUGGUAUGUACGGCAAAGGUAUCGUCACCAGGCAUUACAGCGUCGGACAGGAAAUUGAAGUGGAAGUGGAGUUGACAGCGAACCAUCUCGGAACUUUCGUCAUGAAGCUGUGUCCCAACAAUAAUCCGAAACAAGAAGCCACCCAGGACUGCUUUGACAGAUUCCCUUUGUACAUAUCAGAGACGAGAGAAGACAGGUUUCUUAUUCCCCUGGACACUGCUAAGAAAGAAAUCUUCAGGUAUAGAGUGCGGUUGCCGCCUUACGUGACAUGCACGCAGUGUGUUUUGCAAUGGACUUAUUAUACCGGAAAUAUGUGGGGAAUAUGUGCCAACGGCACUGAAGCGGUUGGCUGCGGUCGCUCAGAAACCUUUAGGAACUGCGCUGACGUCAGCGUUGUAACCAGCACUGGUGGUCUACCGCCCAUCUUCGCCGGAGACCUCAGGAGGGACUAUCCCUUCCUCUUAUACUACAGGGACCUUAACAUGCCCAGAAACGUAUACCCUCUUGUCGUCAGCGGAAAACUGAAGGAUAUCCGAAAGGAAUCAUACGUAAUUAGCAACGAUAUUGAUACAGAAUCAGUGGAGGAAAUUGUUCCACCAAUUAUUAGAGACCAAGUUUGUGUGCCGACUAAGACGUACAGAAGACUCCCUGGUAUGCUGAGCUGGUGCCAGACCAACUGUCUGCGGUACCCGCCUAACUGUCCUGAAGAUUUGUGUACUUGUCCACAAACGUGCGAUGCUGUCGGAGAGCUGGAAGGCCGUGAGGGAGCCGACGUGUACUGUAUGGAUCAGUGCAUCGUGUACCCACCACACUGUCCAGCUGAACGGUGCCAGUGUUACUAGGGCUCUAAAGUCACAGAAAUAAUAAUGCUUCUUUUAAAAUUUAAAUAUUUUGUUUUUUUUUGGGGUAGGAUAAUAAAAAAGAAUGCAACUUGAUCGACCACUAUAUCUUUAUAUGUGGAGUUUCGCAGAAAAGUAAUUAGUUAGAAGUUGGUAAAACAAGUUUUAGACAAAAUUAAUUUAAAAUACAAGAUUAAAGAAAAAAAAAAUAGUUUAGCAUCCUUUUUGAUAUAAAACUUUUAGUUUGUAUGCUGUCAGAUUUUGUAUUUUUUUUUACUAUAAGUAAGGUGUGCGUUUCAACAUUAUAUAAAAAGCAUAAUCCCACACUUGUCAGAACGGUUUUGACAGCUGAGUGAUUACUAGAAUGUAUCAAUUACCUACUGCCACAAUACUUGCAGUGUUGGGUAGCUAGAUGCCUGGAGUAAUUAGCAAAAGAAGAAAGCAAAAUUUAUAACCGAUUCGAUCAAAGUGGAUUUCGAGUGUCAUAUUAAUUUCAUUUUUUUGCAUACAUUUAUAAAUAGCUUAUAAUGUUAUGUAUACAAGUAUAAGUACUUCCUUCCUUUAUGUACUUAAAUGUAUAUACAUUGAUUAAAUAUGAUAUUGUACAGUUUAGGAUAUUAUGUAACUUUUGUCAUAGUAGGUAGGUAGUUACAUCAUAAAAACAGGAUUACAAUAAAAUUGCCAUAUUACUUGAAUAUAUUGUCUGUGCCAGAAAUAAUAAUAAGUACCUUCAUAGUUAUUUAGAAUACCAUUUGUUUUUAGCUUAAUUUUUUUGUACAAUAAAGCGCUCGUAAGUGAAAAUU